AUGUCGUCCAUGGGCAAGAUGAUCCGUCGAAAGAAGAAUGUCAAGAAGGGUAUUCAGUUCUGCCUGAUGGUCUGUGGUGCUUCAGGCACUGGCCGUACCACCUUUGUCAACACACUCUGCGGAAAGAGCGUUCUCGAUCAUAAGGAGUCCGACGAUGCUGGCAGCGCCCACGUUGAGGAUGGUGUCAAGAUCAAGCCCAUCACUGUCGAGCUCGAGCUUGACGAGGAGGGUACUCGCAUCUCCCUGACAAUUGUCGAUACCCCCGGCUUCGGUGACCAGAUUGACAACGAGGCUAGCUUCUCCGAGAUCGUUGGCUACCUCGAGAGACAAUAUGAUGAUAUUCUUGCCGAGGAGUCUCGUAUCAAGCGUAACCCCCGCUUCAGAGACAACCGAGUCCAUGCUAUGCUUUACUUUAUCACUCCCACUGGUCAUGGCCUCCGAGAACUCGACAUCGAGCUCAUGAAGCGCCUCGCUCCCCGUGUCAACGUUAUCCCUGUCAUUGGCCGCGCCGAUUCGCUCACCCCCGCCGAGCUCGCCGAGUCCAAGAAGCUGGUUAUGGAGGACAUCGAGCAUUACCGCAUUCCUGUCUACAACUUCCCCUACGACAUUGAGGAGGACGAUGAGGAUACCGUUGAGGAGAAUGCUGAGCUCCGUGGCCUUAUGCCUUUCGCCAUCGUUGGAUCUGAGGAGGUUGUUGAGAUUGGUGGCCGCAAGGUUCGCGCUCGUCACUACCCCUGGGGUGUUGUCGAGGUUGAUAACCCUCGUCACUCCGACUUCCUUGCCAUUCGAUCUGCCCUGCUUCACAGCCACUUGGCUGAUUUGAAGGAAAUCACCCACGACUUCUUGUACGAGAACUACCGUACCGAGAAGCUGUCUAAGAGCGUCGAGGGUGCUUCUGGAAAUGCUGAUAGCUCAAUGAACCCCGAGGAUCUUGCCUCCCAGUCAGUGCGCCUCAAGGAAGAGCAGCUCCGACGAGAGGAGGAGAAGCUCCGCGAGAUCGAACUCAAGGUACAGCGCGAGAUCAACGAAAAGCGACAAGAGCUGUUGGCCCGCGAGUCCCAGCUCCGAGAGAUCGAGGCCCGCAUGCAACGAGAGGCUGCUUCUCAGGCCACUGGCACACCCGAGCCCAAUGGCGAGGAGCCACUCAACUAG